GCAUAUCGUAUUCUCAGGUGAAUUCAAAAGAAACAGGUCCUGAAAUGACCCGAGUAACCAAACAAUGGUACUUUGGGUACACGACAUGUGAAAUGCUUCCUCGGGAUGGCCAAUCAUGCUCGCAAAGUACUGAGUCUCGAUGGAAUACAAUAGGCAGUGUAUCCAGAUCACGAACAAGUCGAAACACCUAGUCAGUCCUUCGCUUGAUAGUGUCCAUGUGUCGUACAAAAUCUACUGGCUUACAGCGCAUACCUUGAUUCAUGGCUUUAGUUUCACCGGCACGAGAGACACUACGAUUGAGUAACGGGUUCGACGGCGAACUUCGCCGUGCCGCUUUGGGUAUAUUGUACGGAGUUCUUUGGCCUCUCUGCAUGACUAGACCGUCAUGUGUACGGAGUACUACCCUUGCUUCUCUUCCCUGUGCAUCCUGUUUGGACUCUUCUCGCUUCCAUUGUUUUCGAAAUUCGCCAAAAAUUGUGCAAUUGACGCCUAGAACGACUGCUGAUCAACUCCUGCCACCGCGACGUCGAGUCAGCUCAUUCGAUUGGGUGCGAUCAUAUAACGCCAAUCGUGUGAUAUCGGAUCGAGAUGAUCAGCCUAAUGUCAUACUGAGCGGAAUAGAUUGAUCGACACCUUUAUCGCAUGCCUCAACCAAACGACUAGGUUCAUGGAUGUAAUUAGAGUUGGCACAAAGUACCAUCAAUCUACUCGAAUAAACAGCGGAGGG